AUUUGUAUUCCUCCUAUCUAUCCUGUAGUCUUGGGUAUAUUUAUAGUCACUCCUUAGGUCUUCUCAAGUAUUUAUUAUUAUUUAUUCCCUUCCCCGGCUUUGCGAGAAAUAACGUUACCCAAAUUACCCCCAACUGUGCUCGUUGAAUAAUAUUUGCUGACCCCAACAUGCUCCCGAAGCCGCCAAAAUGAAAACAAAAAAAGUUAUAUUUCUCCCCACCAAAAACCUAAAAAAUUAUAUUUAAUAUCCUUCCUCCAACCCACUUUGCCCUCGGCACCGUUCGCACCUAACCUCCACUCCUCCCUUUCUUUCCCUCUGGAAAAAAUAAAGUGAAAAGGGAGAGGUCAAUUGGGGGGAAAAAAACACAAAAAAAUAAAAAAUAAAAAUAAAAAUAAAGAAUAGGAAAACCUGCCGACACAAGCCAAACCAAACCAUGGCCAUCCUCUCCUACCUCGUCACCGGCCUAACCUCCUACUUCGCCAUCACCGUCUCCCUCUUCGGCCUCUCCCUCAAAAUCCCCCGCGCCGGCUUCUUCGCCCGCUGCCUGGCCGCCUAUGCCUGCCUCAUCGCCUGCGCCUCCUACGGCCUCGUCGCCUCCAUCGUCCUGCGUCUAGUCGGCUACGGCGGCCUGUCGCAGUGGACCGUCGCACGCAGCUUCAAAUGGGCCAUGCGCCUGUGCACGGGGACCUACUUUGAGAUCGUCUCGGGCUCGGAAUACCUCAGCACGCGGCCCGCCGUGUUCAUCACGAACCACCAGACGGAGCUGGAUGUGUUGUUGCUCGGCACGAUCUUCCCGCCGUACUGUAGCGUGACGGCGAAGAAGUCGCUGUCGCGCGUGCCGGUGUUGGGAUGGUUCAUGACCCUGUCCGGCACGGUGUUUAUUGACCGGGCGAACCGGGAGACGGCCGUGAAGGCGUUUGAUGGGGCGGCGGAGCAGAUGCAGAGGGAGAGGCAGAGUGUGCUUAUCUUCCCCGAGGGGACGAGGAGUUACUCUGCGGAGCCGGCGUUGCUGCCGUUUAAGAAGGGGGCUUUCCAUUUGGCGGUUAAGGCGGGCGUGGAUAUUGUCCCUGUUGUGGCGGAGAAUUAUGCGCAUUUAUUGGAUGUGAAGAAGUUGCGCUUUGAGGCUGGGAUGAUUCGGGUUAAAGUCCUCCCACCGCUUAGCACCAAGAACCUACAAACCAGCGAUGUCGACGAGCUGACCACGAAGACACGGGAAUCAAUGCUGGAAGUUAUCCAGGAUAUGUACAAGACGAGAGAAGCCCGGUAUACGGAAGAAGCCUCCGCUUCCUCCAUCCCUACGAACCGUGUUGCAAUGCCUCCCCAUGCCUCGUCCACCUCCACCGCCAUUGAGACUUAAUUAAAGUCAACACCAAUCAAAUAAUUUGAAAAAAAAGGAAACUAGCUAGAGAGAAACGGAUAUGUCACCACCUACUCUUGUUCCCUUCGCCUUGGUACGCUCUAUAAAUCACAUGGACUAAAUAGCCCGCCAGUGGAAACGAAAUACAAAGCCCUCCUCGCUCACAUUUAUCGACCUUACAUGCCCCUCCUCUGUAAUACCGGCAUACCGCACGAUAAAACGGGCGGCAUUCCUCUUUCGAUUCUUUUAUUUCCUAAUUUCUAUCUACUCCACGAAGGAAAACGGCAAACGGCAACUGUUGUAUAUACAUUCAAUGGGGAAGGAGAUCCACUACGGAUGGCGGGAUUUACGAAAGCCUUAUUCACGCAUGCUGACGCACCACACCCAUCCGCCGCCUCUACACAAUAAGAGAUAUAUCCUAGCACAAGGGAUUAUCUUAAAACAACUGUUUCGACUGACCUGGAGGCCAAGAUGGGAUGGCAACUAGAAGCGCUUUUCCGACUGCGGAGCAGGAGGCCAUAGAGGAAUGGGGGUUUCUUUUCUUUUCCGUUUCUUUCUUUUCCUUUCUUGAUACCUAUUUCGAUUCUUUCUUAUUUCCGUAUCCGUUUCUAUCCUCCGCUAUCCACUUCUACGGUAUUUCGCCACAAGGUUGAAAAGAAAACAACAGGGAGAAAGAAAAGAAAGGGGAAAAAAAGCUUCACACUUAAACUUAUGGCCAGGCAUCCUACUCUACUUGCCUCCGUCCGUCACCCCUCUCUUUUCCGUCUUGAUGCGCCUGGCCUUUCUUACAGCCUCCGUAUAUAUCAUGUAUUAUGCAUUUCCAGCGCGUUCCGGAGUUUUUCCCCCCCUUUCAUCGACCCCCCUCUUUUUGUUAUAUUUCGUAUUUAUUCGCGAUUUCUUUAUUCCUUCUCCCUUCCAUUUCCAUGUCUAGAAGCAGUGAGGCUUUCUAAGACAGCAAGCAGUCUAUGCUGCUUUCUGUAUGGAGACACUAUACUGUGAUUAAUAUCAUCAUGAUACUAGACGGAUAGACAGAUGAAUGCAAAAUGUAUAGAUUUUUUUUUUUUUUUUUUUUUU